CCGCGCGCUGGGCCAAGAUGGCGGACCGGCGGCGGCAGCGCGCCUCGCAGGACAGCGAGGACUCGGACUCGGAUUCGGACUCGGCCGCCUCCGACAGCGGCGCCUCGGCCGCCAGCGCCGCCCGCUCCCCAUCGCGCUCCGGCUCCGGGUCUCGCUCCGGGUCUCCGCGGCCGCAGCACCGCCCGCCGCGGGGCGCCGCGGGAGCCCUCAGCGCUGGGCCGCGGGGCCGCGGCGGCGCCGAGAGCGCUGCGGGGGGAGCGGCCAAGAGCGCGCCCGAGUCCGAGUGUGAAAGCGAGGAUGGCAUCGAGGGAGACGCUGUGCUCUCGGAUUAUGAAAGCGCCGAAGACUCAGAGGCGGAGGAAGAGGAUUACAGCGAGGAAGAAAGUGCCAAAGUGGAGCUGAAGCAGGACAGUAACGAUUCCUCUGGAUCAGCGGCGAAAGCGGAGAAAGGGGAUGAGAAACCAGACUCUAAGGGUGCUGUGACUGGUGAGAGGCAAAGCGGGGACGGGCAGGAGAGCACUGAACCCGUGGAGAAUAAAGUUGGGAAAAAGGUUCCCAAGCACCUGGAUGACGAUGAGGAUCGGAAGAACCCAGCUUAUAUCCCGCGGAAAGGGCUCUUCUUCGAGCAUGACCUCCGAGGGCAGACACAGGAGGAGGAGGUCAGGCCAAAGGGUCGUCAGAGGAAGCUGUGGAAGGACGAGGGCCGCUGGGAGCAUGACAAGUUCCGGGAGGACGAGCAAGCCCCCAAGACCAGGCAGGAGCUGAUCGCGCUCUAUGGCUACGACAUCAGAUCAGCACACAACCCUGACGACAUCAAGCCAAGGAGGAUGCGCAAACCGAGGUUUGGGAGUCCUCCUCAGCGAGAUCCAAACUGGUCCAACGAGAGGCCCAAUAAGCCCCCAAGGCACCAAGGUGCAGACAGCACUUCAGCUCCCCCACGAACCUUCACCAACAGGAGCUCUGCAGGGACAGGGAGGAUGCCCCCACCUAGGAAUUACCCGAGGCUGGGGGGCUACAAAGAGACCCGUCCAGGCUACCGAGCUUCAGAAGCCAGCAUCCAGCAUCUGUCUCGGAACGGUGAGCAAGUGAAACAGGAGAGCAGCUACCGAGGGAAGCGCGCAGAGCAGACCCCACCGAGGGACAAGUCACCCGAGGUGGAAGCAGCGCACGUCCACAGCAGCCCUGUAAGGGAGGAGGUUGCUUUGGAAAACCAAGCCACAGCUGCAGAUGCUGCCCAGCCACCACCAGACAGACCAAUUGAAAAGAAGUCUUAUUCCCGGGCAAGAAGGACCAGAAUCAAAGCUGGGGAUGCAGGGAAGCUGGCGGAUGAAGUGCCCGCUUCGGAAGGGCUGGCUCCUGUGCCUCCAAAACCCGUGCAAGCUGAGACAUCCCUCCCACCAGCCAAGAGCAGCAAUUGGGAGUCACCAGUAGAAUCCAGCUUGGAUGGACUCGAGCAAGAAAUGACCCAAAUGAAUCUCGCUGAGCAGAACUGGGCUCCAGGGCAGUCUCAGUUCAUACAGCCCCGGGAGCUGAGGGGUAUUCCUAACCACCAUCUGCACGUGGGAACUGGGCCACCGCCUCAGUUUAACAGGAUGGAGGAAAUGGCCGUGCAGGGGGGCCGUGUCAAACGCUACUCGUCGCAGCGGCAGAGAGCACCUGUGCCAGAGCCUGCCCCCCCCAUGCACAUCAGCAUCAUGGAAGGGCACUACUAUGACCCACUACAAUUCCAGGGACCAAUCUACACCCACAGUGAGAGCCCAGCCCCGCUGCCGCCCCAGGGCAUGAUCGUACAGCCAGAAAUGCACCUCCCUCAUCCAGGUUUACAUCCCCACCAGACGCCAGCCCCCAUGGCAAACCCUGGCCUGUACCCUCCGCCCGUCUCCAUGCCCCCGGGGCAGCCCCCUCCGCAGCAGCUGCUGGCCCCGACUUACUUCUCCCCUCCUGGAGUCAUGAAUUUUGGGAAUCCUGGCUAUCCCUACCCGCCGGGAGCGCUGCCCCCCCCGCCCCCUCCACAUCUCUAUUCCAACACGCAGGCCCAGUCCCAGGUGUAUGGAGGGGUCACCUACUACAACACUGUCCAGCAGCAAGUGCAGCCCAAGCCUUCUCCUCCUCGAAGGACAUCCCAGCCCGUGACUAUCAAGCCACCACCUCCUGAGGUUCUCGUUGCAGGUGGUAAGCAGGGUUCCAGUUAAGUUGGGUUUCUAAAUACUUUAAAACUAAACCCGCAUAAAAAGUAAGUCCAAAGUUGACUCUUGCUUGUUUUGCUUUGUUUUAUUUGCUCAGGGUAGAGAGCAGAGCGCUUUAGAGAGAGAAAAACCCAGUCCUAAGCUAGAAGGCAGUGACUUCUCCUGAAGAGACAGCAAAGGUGAAAAAUCCAAGGAGAGGAGCAACACGUAGAGGUGCAGCCGUGGGAAUCCCGACGCCAGCCUCAGCCCCUCGGCAAGGAGGAAGCUCCUGGGGAAAGGCUUCUUCCCUGGGCGUAGGUGAGGCAGCGGGAGGAAAUCAGCUGCACCGUCCCGUGCUCAGGGCCAGGCACCUUCCCCCUCUGGUUUUACCGGUGCCCUCCCAAAAAUCAUCUCACUGCUGCUGAUCUGCCCUCCUUCCCCUCCCUCCCUGCGGAAUCAACCCCCAGGGCCUUGGCCACAAGUUCUCUCAGCUUUUCUCUCCCUUACUAAAUGUCUGCCCUGUCCCCUCCCCUAGGAUGUUAAACUCCGUUGGCUUGAUUGUGCUCUCUGUUUUUAUUUAAGAAAUGAACCAGCUCCUUCAGUAAAGCUGAUUUGUUUCUUUUUGGGUA